AUGCCGUCAGUGAUGUCUUUGCUACAAACUGAUGAAAUACUGUCGUCGUGCUCGGAUGAUGAACCGACCACAUCCGGACUGAUUCCAUUACCAUCCCUUAUUCAAUCAAACAUGAGUGUCUUGCCAAACUUUCUUCACACUAUUAACGAGGAAGAAUCUGACGAGGUCCGUUCUCUCACUGGAAGUAGCUUAGCAUCUCCGAGAACAGUCGUCGAUCGUCGUCUUUCCAACAUAUCUCUUCUCAGUCCUACACCUGACGAGGAUUUCGAGAAACAGCAAGAACAACAACAACAAGACGAGGUGCGCGGCAGUGAGAGGCGGAACAGUUUGGAAGAGGAGCGAAUUGUUGUUGGCGAGCCACGGACUACGCGUCAAAUCGAGAUCACACAGUCUGCUUCGGAAGACGAUCGACUCGAUUUGCUCAAGGAGCUCGCCAAAAUCGGAAAAUCCAACAGUGGCCAGAUGAACACAACUACCGUGGAUAAGCAAGAAGAGGAGAUUAUUGAUGCUACCGGACCAGGUGAAACUACUGUGGAGAAGAAAGAAACAGUGGUUGUCACGUCGGAAACAAAGCCAGAAGGAGAUGUUGAAGAGCCUGAUUAUGCCCUAGUACCAGCGGAAUCAGAAGAUGAAAAUGCGGCUGCAGCUGUAAAAACCGUACAAAAUGAGAUUGCAGAGGUUAUGGAAGUUCUAGAGGCACCACAGAAGGCAGAGCUAGUGACGAUUCCAAUGACACACAGUGAGCCGGAAGAUCAUAAGGUGAGU